CGUGCGGGCACAUCGCUGACUGUCGGCGUUUAGCACGCGGAUGCGAGAAGCUAGCGUCGUCUACGUCACCGCGGACGUAGAGUCGUAGUAAACGAAACACUAAAGAGAAAAGGGCAAUUGCUUUUACCCUUGGAAGGAAGUUCAUGAUAUCAUCAACGCACACCACUCCGCAGCCAAAUAUCGCCCAUAUGGCAUUUCUUCUCGCCCAUUGGCCGUAGUAGAUGACGUCAGUGUUUCCUGUGUGCACAUGCUGUAAACGCACAGGCCCUGGGCUAGACGGACCCGCGAGCUGCCAAGGUGAAAGCGGCCAUGCCUCAAGAACUUCAUGGCAUCAUCAGGAACUAAGCAGCCACCAUGAAAGGCCACCAGCUUGAGUGCAAGGUCUGCAGCCCUGGAUGCCUUAAGGCUACUCAACUGUGUUCCUUCAAGUCUUUCAGGAGAAAGGUCAUACCCCAUGUGGGAAAGUUUCCAGAGAUGAGUGCAAGUUGUACUGGUCCAUUGUAACGAAGUGUCCAAAAGCCCCGCAACCAUGGAGAGAGACCUGAGUACAUAUCAGGGCUCACUUGACUUGAAGCGAAAAGCUGAAGAGAAGCUCCUUUUGGAAGGGCCUACAGUGGUGCAGAAUAUUGACCCUUCUUACUACCGCAAAAAGUCGGCAGAGUCGGGCUUUGAUGAGGAAGAAUCGAGGCUAGACGAAGAGUUGAAGAAGGCAGCCAGCAAAUUGCCCAAGAAAAGGAAGUUUGACUUCGACUUCAGUGAUGCAGACCCUACCUUUGGUAGCAGAAACUGCAGCAGCACAGCAGAACCCGUGCCUGGUGUAGAUCUUCGUGACUGGAAAAGCCACCGAGUUUUAGUGCGGCUCAAUGACUUGUAUGUGCCAGCUGUGAUCAAGGAUGUUGCUAGUGACCGCGAUGUGGUUGUUCAACUGGACAGCAGUCAGCAUCAGUUGUUUCGUGUUCGCGAUGUAUUUGACACAGCACGUCUAGAUGUGAUCGGUGACCACAGUCCCUCGCCAGGCCAGGUGACAAUGGGUAUGCAGUUGUGUGUACGUGUGGAAGACAAUGUGUAUGCUGAAGGGAUUGUUGCAGAAAUUCGGUCGCGCCCUCCUGUUCAGUACUUUGUGCGCUUCAUCAAGAGGCCCAGUGGUGUGUCAUGUGAUGGCGUGUGGGUGACGCGUGCAGGCUUGCGACUUAGGCAACCUCCCUGGUGGGAGGACAUGGAACUUGCCUCUUCUGUGUCGUCGUCUCCCAUGUUUCAGCGAGAACCGGUGCCUCUCCUCACACCACACCUAGUUGAAUCCAACUUGGCAUCUCUUCCACCGCAGCAGCCCAUCAUUCAGCCACACAGUGUGUCGGUCAUCACAGAUGGCAUUCACAGGGUCAUGCCAGUGAAUCUGGCAGCCAACCUUGAGGUGGACAGAGCACUUGAUUCGGUGGGUGCACCAAGGGCUCGCAAACUUACUGUGGGCAGUUCUCCCACUGCCGUUGGUGAUGAGGAUUCUUCAGAUGAUGACCUUAAGACAGGUCGUAUUGAGUUUGAUCCCAAUCCCAGCCCAUCACGUCUCAGUUUCUGUCAGGAUAACCUUACUCCUCGCUCACGGCUGGCUACGUCAUCUUCUGCAGAGUUGCGUGUGCUGACUCCACGUUCGCCUGCUGCGCAGCAGAAAUACAAGAAGGGAGACAUUGUAUCUACCCCCAACGGCAUAAGGAAAAAAUUCAAUGGCAAGCAGUGGCGACGUCUCUGCUCCAAGGAAGGGUGUACAAAGGAGUCGCAGCGACGUGGCUACUGCUCACGGCACCUCUCUCUCAAGGGCAAAUCUGGCACAGCCAUGCGCAAAGGCAGUGCACCAGCUGCGACAUCAUCAUCAACUCAGCAGCCACCAUUUCCCACUGGGGCAAUGCGUACAGGCACAGGGAGGGAGUGGGAGGAGUCAUCACGGGAAAGCAUCAGCGGUAGCCCUGGUGACAGGGCAAGCAGGGUACAAGGCCGUUUUGACUUGGAUGAGACGGAGGCUGCAAACAUGCUUGUUUCGCUGGGAAACUCUCGGUCAGCCACACCAUCUUCUUCAGCAAGCCCACCGGGCAGACCUGAGCUCUUUGCACCCAUUCGUCAUGCCGCUUGGCCCCCCGAUACCCAUUCUCCCGAGGGUGCCUUCCGGCCAACUACAGUGGUUGUGCACAGGCCGAGGGUGGUAAAGACCUCCGAGCCUGUCUCUGUGAUUCAGCACUCACUGCCUCCAGAAAAACUGAUUGGUGAGCCUCAGACGACUGCAGCCCAGAUGGUCUUACUCCAGCAGGCACUGCAGCAGGGUCGGAGCUCACUCAGCGAAGCACUGCCUACGUACAGUGCCAUACAGGUGGCACCACCAAAGGAUUUGCAUGCUGGUAUCAAUGGGCAGGUGGCAGUGGUUUUACAAACACCACAGCAGCAGCAGCAGCAUCCAAGUCCAGCCCAUCUCUUGCCUGUCAUGCCUGUGGUAACCUCCAAUGGAGAAGCACAAAAAGGCGAACCUGCCUUGGAUGCAUCCGGAAGCGGCUGGAACGAUGGCAAGCCCAUUCCUGUCUUUCCUUGGCACUCGCUGGUCCCAUUUCUGGGCACCCACCCUUCGCCACCCAGCAGUGCACCGCCCACUGUGACUACUGCCCCUGUGCCACCCGAUGGUAUUCAGCAAUCCAGCAAUGUAAACGACCAGGAGGAAGGCGAUGACGACGUGUUCGACAGCACAGAUUCACCUACAGCAAUCGUUGUGCCAUCUGCCAAGCGGAGAACACAGUCGCUAGGUGCGCUCCCAAAAGAUGACCCAAAGAGCCCACGCAAGGUCAAGGAGAAAGAACACAUCAGGCGGCCAAUGAAUGCAUUCAUGAUCUUCAGCAAGCGUCAUCGAGCACUGGUGCACAAGCGACAUCCCAACCAGGACAACCGCACCGUCAGCAAGAUUUUGGGUGAAUGGUGGUAUGCACUAAACCCAUCUGAGAAGCAGCAGUACCACGACCUUGCCUUCAAAGUGAAAGAGGCACACUUCAAGGCACACCCCGACUGGAAAUGGUGCAGCCGGGAUCGCAAGAAGUCCAGCUCUGGAUCCCAGUGCAAGGACACCAUGCGCAAGUGCCUCAGCACCUCGGACGACCUGGGCGCUCACUUGGCUUCUGGGGACAGCAACGAACGCCAAGAGACUGAUAAUGCAAAAGAAGAGACCCCUGGCUCUAAAAAUGGAGAAAGCAGUGAUAAUCCUCCUGUUGCACUUCCCUGGACUGAAAACACUUCGGAGUCUUCCAUAGGCAAUGUUGGCCUUGGAAACAAUGAAAAAGACGGAGACGCAUCCAGUGAUGAUGAACGGAUGAUAAUUUGUGAAGAUGAGGGCGAUGGCGAUCCAGUCAUUGACCUCCAAUGCAAAGAAAGGGUGGUUGAGAGUGAUUCAGAAGGGGGAACCUCUGACGCUUCACCCCGCCUUUCGCCUGUGGGAGCUGGGGCACCAUUGGCCGAGGGCACCCACAGGCCGACACCCAUCAUGAGGGAGCCCAUGUCCCUGUUGGAGGCUACGCCACUGGCCGCUCCUCGGCCUCUGGGUGCUGCGGCCACAGCCUUUCACCCGACAGGCGCUGUCUUCAAGGGUGUGCAGUCUCCAAGCAAACGCAACUUGGCACUAGAAGAGAGGCAUCGUGAAUCUGUUUCUCCAUUGCGACCGAUAGCAUCCAAGCCUCCUGCAGGCAUGGAGACCAUGCGGCAUGCACUGCUAGUUCCACCCACCUCCACAACGGGUGCGCAGUAUGCCAUUUUGAGCCCACCAUUGAGCCGGACUGAGGGUGGCGCUGACCUGGCAGGACUUGUGCUGCGGGGCCCAUCCUUCAGCGCUAGCCCACCCAAAGGGCCCAGCAACAUUCUGAGGCCCAUGCAGUUACCUACUGCCGCCACUCAAGUCCAGUACCUGCUUCCCUCCUUUACUGUCCAGCCUGGAUCUGUAGGGGUCAAAGGAGUGCUUCAGAUGGCCAUACCAUCUGGAAGUAUCCAACUUGGCACGCCCAAUACAACUGUCGGCAAGGUCUUGGCAUCACCACCAAUUGUGGUGUCAUCACCGCAUAGCCCAUCACUACAAAGUGUCAUCGUGGACGCUGCUAGCACCUUGCAGCCCCCACAGAUACAACUGACUCCUGCUGAGCCGUCAUCCAUCCCUCGUAUGCAGGCAUCUCCGAGUGCCCAGUGCCUCAUUCUGCCUGAAAGGUGCAACAAUUCACCAUCUGCUUCUCCUAAUCCUCCAAAGAUCCGUUGUGUCAUUCCAUCCAAAGAUGGUCGGGGCUCCCCACUGGCUAUGCUAACCCCUCCCUCUGCUGCAACCGUGCCACUCAGCUUCAACAAAGCACUGGCUUCCUCUGGAGGCACUCCCCCCACCAGCUCACCUCUUGCUUCUUCACCAGCACGAUCUCGUGUCUCACCAUUUUUCACUGGUGUCCUUUCCAUGAAGUCUGGGAACUUGACGCCUACCGAGCCAAAGCUAGAUUCAAGUCCCCGGUCACACCGUAGUUCUAAAGCGUUGGUUGCAUCACCCGCUACACCCGGUGCAGAAGCUCGAAUUCCCCCCAGUGACAACUUGACUGACGCAGACACCAAGGCACUCUGCAGGGGGCUUUCACCAGAAAGAUUGCUCAAGGCCGGCAAGACAAAGAAGCUUUUGGAGGCUGGUGAUGUGACGCAUACAUCCAGCCCUCGCGAAGGUCCUCCGACUGGUUCCAGCCUACUUCGACCCAGCUUGGAUGAGCAGCAGUGGCGGCUACCCCAGGUGCCGCUUGAGCCGAUUUACUCUUCCUCUGCCUCGUCCUUGGUGGUUGAAGCAGCAGCUCCACAAGAAGGGAGCCCUAAGCAGCAGCCAUUUGUGCUUGCACCAACGCCAGCUCAACUGGGCCGUGCACCGGGUCAACUGCACCAGCGCAAGAGCAGUGGUGCUGCAUCAUCCUCUCAGUCCUCUUCACCGUCCGAGCCAUCCUGCCUUACAGAUCUCAGUGACAACACUAGUCAGUUGCAGCCGCUGUGCCCACCAGUGGUGAAUGCCACGGCUGAAGAGGGCCGUGUCAACCGGGAAGACGGUGCUGCUCCCAGGGAAGACAGUGCCACACCAGCAAAAGAAAGUCAGCAGCAGCAGCAGCAACAACAACAGCAGCAACAACAACAGCAGCAGCAACAACAACAGCAGCAGCAGCAGCAACAACAACAACAACAACAACAACAACAACAACAACAACAACAGCAACAACAGCAGCAGCAACAACAGCAGCAGCAACAACAGCAGCAGCAGCAGCAGCAGCAGCAGCAGCAGCAGCAGCAGCAGCAGCAGCAGCAGCAGCAGCAGCAGCAGUCCGCAAAGGAACCUCUGCCACCACCACCUGUGGCCAAUGCGGGACCAACUGCCAAGGAGGCCAAGAAAUCGGUGCUAAAACGAACUGUCAACGAUGGAAUGGACAAGGUGUUGGAAGAAGUGAACUUCAAGGCCCAGUUUGCCAAGCUGCCUGAAUACAAGCCAGAGGAAUCGCCUUCCGGAGCGGCAUCUCUGCCCUCAUCGCCGUUUGUGCAGACCUACAGGAAGCGGCCAAAGCCCUCCGGUGAGGAGAUGUCGCGAGAUAGAUAUAUGGCCGAGGACAACGGUGAUCCGACUGGGUCCAAGUGUGCUACUGGGUCGUCCCCAGUGGGCACACCCCGCACUCCCCAGACUGCAGGCCCAAAGCUGGAAGGCACCAAGUUUUUUGGACCCAGCUUCAACCUUGACGUUCUGGCAGACACUCGAAAUGAUGCGUCGGAUGGUGAUGUAGGCUCUCCACGAACACCUAAGACACCAGCAGAAGGUGAGAAGAGUCAUUCAUCACUACGGCGUACACUGGAGCAACGGCGCCAGCUUGUCAUGCAGCUUUUCACCGAGGAAGGCUGGUUCCCUUCAGCGCAAGCUACGGCUGCCUUUCAGCAGCGGCAUCGGGACGUGUUCAGUAAUAAAAACACACUGCAGCUCAAGAUACGUGAGGUGCGUCAAAAGCUGAUGGCUCAAAACAACCAGGCCAACAUUGCCACUACGCCGAGUGCUCAUGACACUACCAUUGAAGCACCUCCAGCCAAGUCGGAACCACCAAACGCCCCAGAACCCCAGACCCCACGGACAGGGACAUGAAGGGCUCAGGGGACGCACACUAAGUUUGAAGAGGCUGCUGGGUGAUGGUGCGGGAUAAGAGAGGUGUCAGGCAGUCUGAUGCAAUGGGGCUCAAUUUUAUUUUUUCUGUUUUUAUUGCCCUCGCGGCAUGCACUCUGCAAACCAAAAGCAGCUGUGGAGUUGCAUGCUGACGAUGCAAGGUUCUUAUUUUUACUGGUUUUUAAUUGAGUUCCAAGAGGUGUUGCCACUGCGAGCGAGUUGUGUAGAGGCAGGUUUUUAUGAAUCCCUGCUACAGCCCCAGCGCAACUUUUAUUGUUUGUCUCUGAUGUUGUUUGAGGGCUUGUUUAGCACCCUGCAUUAAAUUCUCAGAUCCGCAGCGAAGUGGCAAGAUUGUCAUGCACCUCGUGCAGGCUAUCAAUGCGGUCUGUGUUUUAGAAUGAGCUUUUUGGCUUGUGGUGUCAAGGCUCUCUGCAGGUGGACAUUGUUGUUAAAUAGUGUACAUGGGGUCAUUGCAGUAUAUUGACCUUCCAUGAAUGCCUGUGUUGGCAUGUGUCUUGUGUUCGGUUGCACGCAUAUAGUUGUGUUGCACCUGUGAUGUGUACAAGACUGCAUUCUUUGGUGGUUCUCAAGGUUUGUGUCACACUAAUCUGAAGGAUCUGAACAGCCCUGUUGCAUAGCACGCAGUUUAGCCCUCCAGUUGUUUAAUACAUAGGCAGGUUCAACUACACUGUGUUCAUGUAAUGUGCGCACAUGAUGGCUUUCAUUGUUUGUUUCCCCUUUUUUUUUGCUUUUUUCAUCCUGCAUUACCAAUUUAAACAUGGGGUUUACCUUGAGAACUUGGACUGUGUGUUGUUGCUAGUAAUUGGACAAUGCAGGGCAGUGCUGUCUCUUGCUGUUGACCAUUUAAAUAUGUAAGUGGCACCUCUUUCGCAGAUAAACCAUGCAGUCGAAAGCCACUUUUUGUCAUUAAUUGCUCAAUGCUGCAUAAGGUAUGCAUCAUUCGGCAACUAUUGAGCCUAGUGUAUAUAUGUGGACUAGAUGUUAAUUCCUUCAUUAGCUGCUUCCAUCUAGACAUGCAAUGUGAGUAAAUUUAAUUAUCACUCAGUCAAAUGAGGUAAUUUAGCAUAAACUUUUGAACAUGCAAGUUUUGUUUUGUGCUGCACAAAAAUCAUUGCUUAGGUGAUAUUAUGUUUUGGUGUCACGGGCAUGAGCAGCAAGUACAGAUAGCAUAAGCAAGGUAUAGUGCUGUCUUGCGAAUAUUGGUUCUUUUUCUAAAGAGCUGGACUUUCACCAGAACGACUGUAGGCUAUCUGUUGGGGCGAAUAUACUGCAAGAAUUGGUCAGUGCAAAAUUGGGUCGGUUGCACUUCUCUUGAAGUUUUAUAUUUUUGUAAUUAGCAGAAUGGUUGCUGCUUGAAGAGCCACCUUGGAAAGGAUGUGUCAUGUCAUGGAAAGUUUGUUGUGUUCACUUUAUUUGAUGAUAUAUUUUCAGUGCUCAGAGUUCUGGGCCUUGUAUAAAAGCUGACUUUUGUGAGAACUCGUGAAAUGAUUGAUAAAAUGAUAAUGUCGUGUAAUAAUUUGUCUUCUUUUUUUUUUCUGCCGUUCUUGAUGGAAGAUGCAUGGAGCUGUUGGUGUAUGUUUGGUGUGCCUCCCACAAGGGCGUCGAUGUGAGAAUGCAGCACAUACUUUUUGUGUUCAUAACAUAUGGCACAUGCAUGUUUUGUUUCUGUGUAUUGUAUCCGCCGUUGCUUGUUUGUAUCAUUUUGUUAUACUUUUGUGCAUAGCAUUCAUUUUACGUGUGAAAUAUAUACUGCAUGACUUUUGUUGUUGCAUGCAGGCACUUCGCAUAAUGUGGCCUGCCUUCUUUUUUUUUUUUCUCCAUUGUAUCAUUUAUCUUGCAUGCUGUCCUCUGUUGUUAUGCUUUUUUGUUGCUUCGUCAUUGCUUACUCCUUACAAUCUGUCCCAGAUUCUUGCUCAAAGCAGACACAUUAUAGGCAAUUUUAUUACUAUUUUUUUUUACUACUCAGUAGUUAGAGCUGUCACUAAGCGCUGGUUCAGUGACAGCGAGGUCAGUUACAGUAGGCCCUGUUAAAUUGAAAUGUCAUGUCUCAGUGCAUUGGCCAAGUUUGAAUGAUGGCAUAGUGCUGAGUCAGCUCCCAUAGGUGCCAUCUAUUUUUCACGCCUGAUCUUGAAACUUCUCCCCUGCUGACUACAACCCUGCUGACCAAAAAAUUUGAACUUAGUGUUGAGCAAACUUGAACUCUUAAAACACAGCAUAUGUCACUCGAAACACACACAAGUUGCUGCAGUAGCAGUGACUUCUUUAUUAUUAUUAUUGUUGUUGAUGUCCUUCCAUAAUUUUAUUUUUAGGCAACUGAUGGGAAGCAAAGAAGGAAAAACAGGUGGCAGUUUACAAAAGCUGUUAAUAAUAUCCCAUCUCCUGGUGACAGAAGAUGCCAAUUUUUUAGUCCCUUUUGACUGGCACUUCUUUUGAAGAUUUAGUUAAUAUUGACAGUGGAAUGGAAGUCUAUGGUUAUGCGAUUAAUUAUUAUUAUUAGUCUAUGAAUGAUGACAUGACCACAUGCUUGCACACCAUGUACAGGGUACUUGAUAAGUGCUUCUGAGCACAGCGAAAGCUAAUGCCACAGAAGUGCUGCUGCGCAAGGCCACUGCCACAAUGCCAUUAAAAUAAGCAAGCGUACUGUGUGGCAUGACAUGUCAGGCAUUAUUAAUUGAAUACAAAAGCUUCAUAAUCCUGGUAUACUUAAAGCUUCAAAUUGACAAUAUGUAACCGGUUCACUGAAAUUUUGCUUACCUAGAAAAAUAACUUCGUUCAUCUCCAAAUUUUUUAAAAGAUUUUGCCACUUUGCGCUAAAUAGAUCAGCACAAUGCGUUGGCUGGCUAGUUGGUGCGAAUCCAUGAAUACUUUGUUUAGCGCCAAACGACAGACACAACACAACAGUCCUGUCGUCUUUCUUGUGUCUGUCGUUUUGCGCUAAACGAAGUAUUCAUGGGGCUAAAUAGUUUUCAGUACAGCGAUAGUAUGAAUGAACUCAGUUUGAGCCAAAGCAAAACAUGCCAUAAGAGGCAAGACAAUCAAACUGCAAAUUGUUGUGGAGUUCAGUGAUUGUAAGCCAUUUGGCUAGCAAAUAAAUGAUUGUCUGCCAGAAAAAGCAGGACACAUCAAAAUCUGAAGGAUUGUAAGGUUGUGCACUUCCAUUUUGCAUCUUGUAGUGCAGAAAGGCCACCCAAUACAAUAUCUAAGUUGUUUAGAUUUUAUAAAGUACAUUGAAGUGAGAAUGCUUAGCUCAUCACCAUGUGCAGGUGUCUUAAGUUUUUAGUGGAAAGUUGGAAAAAGUAAGGCUUCCAGCAUUGCACUUGAUUAGAGCAUGUACUUUGCCUGUUCACUGCUAAUCGUCAUAGGCUGUGUAGUUAGUGCAGUUCAGAAGUAGAUGCACAUCUGGCCUUCUACAUAAGGCACCCCAUUGGACACCCAAGAGGGUGCGUUAAGGCUACUUUGGUUAGUGACAUAUGGCUUGAUUCGUGCUUCUGAGGUUUCCUAGAAAGUUGAUCAUGGAAUAACAUAUUUUGCACGGCUAUUGACGUUGUAAUCUCGAUAUGAAAGAAACUUCUUUUGCAUUUUUCUCAAAGCUCUUUCAAAUCAACACUUGCUUUUUAGCAUUUCACAUUGCUUUAGCUCCUCUCGAGAGCAUUGAAAUUAAGUAUAUUUUACUGAUUGUUUUAAAGGUGCUUUAAUAUAUUGAAUUAGUUUUAUUUAGACACUGCUUCUUUUAGUACAGCUUCGACCUGGUUUAGCUUGGUUUUGCCUUAUUUAGUCCCUGUAGAGUACUGGACACGUGUGGCAUGGUUCUGACGUCCAGAAGAAAGCCAACAAGUGCCUCAUAUUUUUUGUUUUAAUCUGCCUUUAUAAUAUUUGCCUCAGUUUUAAACCAGUAAUUCUAAUUAUUCAUUACGUUAAUAGUUUUACAGGAUAAUGAUUUCUUACCAAGUAAAAUGUACUGCAGUUGGGUACGCUUAUUCUUGCAUUGUUCCUUGCAGUAGGGACAGGGACUCAAUUGCUUCCAACCACUGAGUCUCCCCAGAGAAUUGAGCCGGAGUGGUAGAACUGCUCUAUUGGUCUGUGUAAAUGUCUGUAUUGCAAAAAAGAAAGAGAGGGCAAGUAGUUUAACCUUGAUAUUAAAGGCCCGUGGAAUUGGUGAAUUGCCUUUCUGCGAGUUGCCAAAUUUCGUCCUCUUUCAGUAAGAGUGCAUAGAUUGAUGUUCUCAUAAGGCUGUGUUGGUGCUGAGCACUUUUUUGUGCCAGAAGACCAAUUGUCAGUUCUUCAGAUAAUAUUCUUUACACGCUUCCUUGGAGCCAACACAUUUGUCUUAAUGUGGCAACAUUGUGUUGCAAACUAAGAACCUUCAUCACUGUUUUCAAAUACUGCAGUUAACCCUGUGCACCCUGCCAAGUUUGCCUACUAUCAUGCACAUGAGGCCGCUUUCAUUGUGAAAGCACUUUUAAAAAUAAAUUAGACAAUCUUCAUGCAUUUUAAUUUUAUUUGCACAGUAUGGUGCACUGCACCAUUUAUCUAAAGAGUAUGGUGUUACCCUGCAGCAUACCUUUUAUUUUGUAUGGCUGGGUAGCCUGCACAUGCCUGAGAAUGCAUUGCUUGGACAGUCAACAGGCAGGGUAAGACCUGCUGUGCUUAGGCUUGGGGUGGUGUCAUGUUGAUGCACAAUUGGUUUAUUGACACCGAUAAAGGUUCCUGCAUAGUUACAAAGUAGUGUGCAAUACCUGCAAUUUCUUGCUUGUUACUGAAGAUAAAAUGCUUGCCUCCAUUUGAAAGUUUAACUUGUAACAGACUUUUAUCUCUGCUGUUUAUAAAGUUUUUUUGAUACGCAUACAGUUUGCAACUAUGAAGUCCCAUAUUCUUGUUUACCGUCUUGCUGUGGAAACCAGUACUGCAUGACAUCUGCAUUGUAUGGAUUGUCAGCACAAAAAGAUAUUGAAAAAUGUAGUGUAUGUGUGAAUCCACUGCUGGGAAUUGCAUUGUACAGUAGUCAAGUAAAUUUGCAAGAAAUUGCUUGUCACGGUGAUGAGAGGCACUGUUCCACCCACACACAUACAUAGAUAUGACCGAUCAGAAAAGCUGAGCAUGUGUACUAAGCCUGCUCACAUUGUUGCACAUAUUUUCUCUCGUUUGCUGACAUACAUGCUGUCAAGGUGAGCAUAUAUGUCUAUCGCUUAGGGAUUGCAAAAUUGUUGGUAAUAAAGAUGAGGCUACACCCUGUUUUAUACCACACCUGUUGCAUUUUCCAGCAUUUGCUAUUGUGUGAGCAUCAACCCUGUGUAACUACACCCUCCCCUUUGCAUUAAAAACUGCAGCCGGAUUCACAGGUUUUCAUUAUAAGGACACUAUUGCUGACCAGUCCAGUUGCUGCUCUCAUUUCACAAUCAUAAGUGGCUGGAAUUCUAUCUUACGACAGUUUUUUUUCCCCCUACCAACAGCUGCAUGAAUGCAGGCCCUGGUAUUGUUUUUACAGUGUGCCGCUUGCCUGGACAUGCCUUGAGUGCAAUUAUGAAAGAAAUGCUUGUUUUCGUGCCAUAUAAGAGGUUAGCGCCACUACUGAUGGGCAUCCAGUUUAAUGUUUUCAACACACUGUUCAUGCACAUAAAUGCUGCUAUGGUUGUGUCAUCCUGUAAAGUGGAGUGCAAGUUUUGUAGUUGCAUACUAGCGAGACAAAUUUUUCAUUGGAAAAACUUGAAGGUGGGCAGCCAGAGAGAAAAAUUGGAAAUGUUUAUAGGAAAGAAGCUACAUCCCUAAAAGAUAGUGUUUCCGAUCACUUGCCUCACCUGCUGGCUACUUCAGGUACAGUGUAUGUCACAAUUACAGAGAUUGGUUAAUACUCAUACCAACAGUUGUCACAUUUCUAGUUAGACAGGCCAGCAUUCUCAACAGAUGUCUGCCUGCCUGCGAUGCUGGAUCACUCUACCAAAAUGUGUCUGCUUACAGCCCAGCUAACCCCAUAGUUUUCCAUGUUUUCUGUACAAUUUUUACACAAAUGUUGAGGAUCGCAUACAGAUGAUGCAGAAAGCAUGUAAAACUAGUGGUCUGCGUGUGGAAAGUUUCGUUUCAGCAGCGACAUUUGUGCAGUAACACCUGCUAUGCCGAACAUCAUUAGUGUCCUGUUAAAUGUGACAUUCACUGUGCCACUCGGCUUUCCAUCAUGUGAUCACGCAGGAAGGUUGUGUAAGGACUAAACUUGGAGCACUAACUUUUCCAAUUUUGUUGUGUAUACAGUUGUGGCAUUCACGCUAUAGUUGGGUGCCGAGGCCUCUGAAAGUUAAUUGCGACCUUUGUUUAUUUCUCCUAGCUUCUCUUACUUUUGCAACUAUCUCUAUUGCUGUUGCAGCUACCUUUACAUGUAUUUUCAUCUGCAGUCUUCUGCUACAUGUGCAAGAAUGCAGUCUGCACUUGAAAGCCUGGAGUUAUAUAGUGUGCGCUAUGUGUAUGUUUGUGUGUACCAUGCUGUUGUACCUAGCACGAAGACACUUGUGCACACUAUUACACUUACCUGUAGCUACCUACCAUGGAGAGAUGCACCAACUCAUAUUUUUAAGACAAGGGGGUGUUUUUAAGACAUUUUAAACAUUUUGCUGUGUAUAUAUCGACAAAACAUAAUUUUUUUUCAUCUAACUAAGCUAGUUGUUGCUAGGAGCCGCUAGGACUCCUUUGCAGAAAGUGGUUGAUGGUGAGAAGGAAAUACUAGAAAAAUUUUGUUUUUUCCCCCAUUUUUUUUCUUGGCUGUUUGGACUGUGGAAGUUGUUGGUCGAGAAUUUUGCUUCGAUUAAGCUUUAUAGCAAGAGGCCCACCAAGGCAAAUUGUGUGGUUGCUGUGGCCUGCUGUGUACACUGUCGUGUCAUCAGUUGUGUAAUGCUUGCAGAUGUUCUCUUGUUCCUUUUGCUUUCUUAAUGAAGCCAGGCUGUUGUUGGAAGCUUGAGCCUGUUUGCAAGUGGAUUUCUGCAUUAACAGUAAUUCAUUCCUGCAAAGGCUAUAUUCAUGAAAACAUCAAAAUUUCACAAGUAAGCAAAAGGCAACUAAAACUGUCGUUCGUGAAUUUCCUGAGAGGUAUUUCAUUGCCCGAAUACCAGAUGCGAACUCGCAUUUGCAGUUGAAAAGUGGUAGUGGAUUAAGCAAAAAAAAUCUUUAAGAAACAAGUCCUUUCUGAUUGACACAGCUGUAUAAACCAGUGAACCUAUCGUACAGGUUCAGUGGCCAAGCACAAGGUCGUGGGUUCGACUCCCAGCUUGGUUUUAUUAAAGGCUGAAAGCAAGAACUUGUGCUUGGUGAGUAUUUGGGAAACAUUAAAAUGCUUUCAAGGUUAAUCUGGAGUCGUCCAAUGUGGCACCAUGGUUCUUGUUUCGGUAUGUUAAACCUCCAUUACUCAGUCUGCUAUAUUAUAAAUCGAUUAUAUUGGUAUUCAAGUUGAACCCAAACUCUGCACCCUCUAGUGGUCUUAUAUUUCUGGAAUGUUUGUCAAGUGGUGGUUGGUUUAGAUUUUAUGCUGGAUGUUGAAUGUCAUGCACCUAAGCAGGGGUCUUGUAAAAACCUUUGCCUUCCUACCACAAGAAACUAUAGGCUUGACUGGACGAAAGAAACCCUCUUGCAAGCAGGCUUUGGUAUUUCUGAUGAAAUGAAGAAAUAACAGGUAGGAUUGGGUGUGCACAAUUGAAACCACCAAUAAAAAAGACAAAGAAGAGGUCACGUCUUGCAAGUGCCAAUUCUGUUCAAUACUUGUUCUGUUUUCCCAUGGCAUCAAACUUGAAGUAACAAUCAAGUCGGGAGAUGUAAAUAGAUACAAUGGUUAAAUGUAUGUUUAAGAAACCCUCUCCAUCUGAAGGGGCCAAUAAGGAAAUUGUUUUGCAAUCCCAUAUGAAGAGCAUCUUUGCUGGCAUUGAUAUUGCUGUUUGUGCAUUUUUUUCACUUGUCAUAUACUUUUCUUGUUGCUUCAUAUUGUUCAUGUUGUGUAUGGUGCAGUUAUGUUUAGCAGUGAAAAAAAGUGUGUUGAUAUGGCAGAUCUGUUUUAUUCAUCUUUCCUGUUUGAGCUCUCAAAAUCAGCAUUUUGGAAUUGUUUAUUGCUCUCUCUCUCUCUUUUUUUUUUUUCUGUGAUACUUUCUCCAAUACAGAUCUUAAAUGCAAAGAAGGGGUAUUACAUGUGUGAGUCGUAUUGCCUUUCCAUUUAUUUCGCUACUUGUAAUAUCAUAUGUUACAGCUUAAUCCAUUCAGCUUAAGGAAAGAAACUCAUGACAAUUGAUAUGUACAGUGCAUGUAAGUAUGAAUAAAUUACCCUUCAGUGCAUUGUUAA